UUAUUAUUAUUUUUUCUGUCGAAAGAAAAGAAAGUAGUCAAACAGGUGAAGUGAAAGCAAGCAACAGAGACGGUGAAUGCUAAGUGUUGGGCGACGUUGAGUGUGAAUUUAAUGCAUGUACCUAAAAUUAUGAUGACUUUGUCCGUCAGAAUUGCUGCGUGUGACAUAAAGUGUUAAUAUGCGGUUUGCCACUGUUUUUCAUUACAGACUUCUAUUUAUGUUAUAGUACAAUAAUCGGUUUCUUAGCCUUCUGAAGUUGCCUGAAAAUGCUACGCUUUCUUAGCAAACGAUUCAGUCGCUCCACUAGAAACAAAAGUCGUACAAGCGGUGAAAAAGCGCCUACAAAACUUGGAAAAAAUAUUUUGCCUUGUAAAAUUAUUUUACUAGAUGGAUCAGAUAUGUCCGUGGAUGUACAUAAACGAGAUUUGGGGAGCGCCUUGUAUGAGCAAGUUUUCUACCAUAUAGAUCUGACCGAAAAAGAUUACUUUGGUUUGCAAUUCACAGAUGCUAAUCAUGUACAACAUUGGUUGGAUCCCACAAAACUGAUAAAGAAACAAGUCAAAAUUGGUCCUCCAUACACAUUUCGUAUCCGUGUAAAAUUUUAUUCAUCAGAACCAAAUUCUCUGAGAGAAGAAUUGACAAGGUAUUUAUUUUUUCUACAACUGAAACAAGAUGUUUUAUCUGGUAAAUUGCCAACACCUUACCAAACUGCUGUUGAGCUUGCAGCCUUUGCCUUGCAAUCUGAAUUGGGAGAUUAUGAUCCCGUCCAACAUACACCUGGUUUUGUUUCCGAGUUUCGUUUUGUACCAGACCAAACUGAAGAAAUGGAAGUUGACAUUUUAAAUGCUUAUAAAACUUGCAAGGGUCAAACUCCUGCUCAAGCUGAACUUAACUAUCUUAAUAAAGCCAAGUGGCUUGAAAUGUAUGGAGUUGAUAUGCAUACUGUUUUGGGAAAAGAUGGAAAUGAAUAUUCUUUAGGCCUCACUCCAACAGGAAUUCUAGUCUUCGAAAACACAAAUAAAAUAGGUUUGUUUUUCUGGCCAAAAAUUACAAGAUUAGACUUCAAGUCAAAAAAGUUAACUCUUGUAGUAGUUGAAGAUGAUGAUGAAGGACAUGAGCAAGAGCAUACCUUUGUGUUCCGAUUACAUAAUCAAAAAGCUUGUAAACAUCUGUGGAAGUGUGCAGUUGAACAUCAUGCUUUUUUCCGCCUGAAAGGAGCUCAAAGGCCUCCGACAGGAAGACAAAACUUCUUCAGAAUGGGUUCAAGAUUUAGGUAUAGUGGUAAAACAGAAUACCAAACGACUCAAAACAGAGCUCGAAGAACUGUACAGUUUGAUCGCCGACCAAGUCAACGCUAUUCUCGCCGGCCCACUCAUGACCGCAGGCGAGAUCGUGAAAGAGAUAGAGAAAUUACUGAUGCUCUUGCUGAAGCAUUGAGAAAUGAAGACAGGGGUUUAAGUGCACUUCCUUUGCCUCCACCACAAGUGGAUGCAGCAAAAAGUGACCUUGAUGCUUCUACCAAGACAGUGACUGCUCAACCAUCUUCUGUUGUGGAAGAAACUGUGUUGGAGCCAUCCACUUCUACAAAUUUGAAGAACUCUGUUCCUGUAUCAAAUGGUACUGUUAAAGAGACUGCAGAAGAUCGUUUAGAUAACCUGAUUAAGUCUCUAACAAAGGGAAAACCAGCUGCUGAAAGUGUUGAAAUAAAUAACGAAUUAACAUCUCUGACAGUUAAAAAGAAGGAAUUAAGUGAAUUUGUUGAUGUGGCAGAAGAUGAUGUUUUGCUUUGCAAAAAGAGUAAAGAACCUGUCCCUUCUACUUCAUUACAAGCAGGGUUGAAUAAACAAACAAAUGCUUUGAAAAAUAAUCAGAUGAAAAUUUCUGGUGGAGCAAAACCUAUUCCCGUUGAUCAGAUGAAAUGUAAUAUUCUCAAAGCUAAGUUAGAUGAAGAAAUUAAGAAAGUUUCAAGUGAAAAAGAACCCCUGGUUGUGGAUUUAAAAGAAAGCAAACUUCUAGUUGAUAUUGAUUCUGAUAAAACUGCUGUACAUCUAAAUGGUGAAAAAGUGCCUGAAGAUUUGAAGAUAAGUUUACCUUUAAGCUGUCGGGAUAAUGUUUCUUUGGAAACAGUUUCCAAAAGAAAAGGCAGCCAAGCAGAAGUUGAUGCUUCUAAGUUUCCAGUUGUCACUACCAACAGGACUUUGGAACUCCCAAAACAGGAGUUUCAAAAUGAAGAUAAUAUCCCCUUAAUACCUAUUAAAGCAUCUAUUCCUACUAUAACUCCCACUUCUGCACCGUCUUCUCCGAUUACAGAACAACCUGUUCAAAUUAAUGGGGCUUCUUUAAAUUCCACUAAUCCUCCCAAACUAACACACAAAUCAGUCGAACUAACUAAACUUCUUGAGGAUGCAGUACAACAAAUGAAAUCAAUGCAUUUAUCUACCAUUUCUGAUACUAACAGUGGUAAAAAGUCUCCUCAAUCUCCUUCAUCUGAUAAUUUUUCUUUUAAAAUGCCUAAUUCGACAGAAAUUAAUGCUUCAACUAAAAUUACUAACUCAGAAAUUGUUAAUAAUGAAGAGACCAAGGAACCAUCACGUGUGGUCACCGAAACAUCAUUUGCUGGAGCAAAUCCUAUUACACGUUCUGUGUCUUCAGCUAGCAAUCGUGAUAUUUCUGUCCAAGCAAUUAUGCGAGUAACUUCCAACGCAUCUCAAUUAUCACCCUGGCAUGUGGAUAAUAAUAGCAAUGGAGUUGUUUCUCCAGAAAAUCCUGCCACUGUUCGUCGAACUGUGAUGACCACUGAACUUUAAACUGUUCAGUUAUUUGUAGAAAUGUAUGUAUGAGAGAAUGAUUGUAAGGCUUAUCUUUUAAAAUAGUAUGUUCAACAACUUUUCUGCCAUGAAUCACACUAUUCUAUUUCUUAAAAUGAUGAUUGAAAUGGGCAUUGAUACCAUUUGUGUUUGUUUUUAUUGCAAUCGUUUUAAUUACUGUUGAACAUAAAAAAUGAAAAACAGUGUCUUUAGUUUUUGGCAUUUAUUUUUACAUUCAAAACAUAUGCUUUUUUGUGUGGCUUAUAAUGUUUUGCAGCUACUUGUGAGCAUACAUUUGAGUAAACAAAUUGUUACAUUCCAUUAUUAGAUUCAUGAAUUGUAAAUGAUUUAUUUUCAGUGUUUGUAGAAAUUCAUGAAAAAAAAUUUUUGUGUGAUUAAUGUUUUUAAACUGAAAAAUAACUGGUAAAAAUAUUUUGCACCAGUUUGGUGAUUUUACUUCCGUCCAAUUUUAUGAAUUUUACAUUAAUAAUUCACUUAUUAACAAUACCGGUAUUUUUUAUUCUGUAUACUGAUUAGAUGACAAGUUCAUGUAGCAAAUCUUAAAAUCAGCAAGCUAUUUAAUGCAACAAUAAAAUUCUUAACUGUUUUCUCUGACAUGCAUUUUUUUUUUUUAUAAAAAUGCUAACAAUUAAUGAAAUUUUUAACAUUUUUUUCUAGAUAUCUGUCAAAUAAAAUGGUUUUUAAGCUGAGCUCUUAACAAAAAUUUAUUAACUGUAUUUUCAUCUAUUAUGUGGAAAUGAUUGUAAAUGAGUAUAUUAAACUGUCUUCGUGCAUUUCUGUAUUAGGACGAGAGCAUUUUUUACCAUCAUUAAAUAGAAAUGUUUUAUUUUUCACUAAAAAUUUAAAUUUUUUAAUGGACAAAAGCUUUUUACAUGUUUACUUUUUUUUUCAAAUUCUUGACUUUUAUUUGUAGUUAUUUUUUAAUCAUGUGUUCUGUUAUUCAAGUAUGACUUUUUUUUUUCUUUAAUUAUAUCCACUUGUAGUUUGUAGUGAUGUGCAUAUUAUUUUGAAAUGAUUGUGCCAAGUUGUUUGCCAUACAUAAUUAUGUUGAAUGUCUAUUAUCAUAUGUAAGUCAUUUGCUUUGUAGUGUUUGAUAAAGCUCACAUUGUAUGAGGUAUUCUGUAAAUUCUGUAUGUUGUAAGUAGUUGUUAACAUUGGUUAUUUUAUAUGAAACCUGGAAUCAUUCCUGUUUGGAAUAAAUAUUACUAUAAGCAUUUCAAA